AUGGAGGAUGGCAUUGUCAAGAUUGACGAUAUCUCACCUCAGAUCAUUUAUGGCCCAGAGGGAACAUGGAAAGCUCCAACAUUGGCAAAUGAUGGAGGGGGCGCUCUUAUGUCAUACAUGGACUCCACCUUUCACAUGACCACUGGCGAGGGAUCCUACGCCACUCUCCUAUUCAACGGUUCUGCCGUCACUGCGUUUGGUGCACUCAGAGGGAAUCACGGGGUUUAUCAGGUCUUCCUGGAUGGGAAACUCGUCAAUGAGACUCUUGGAGCUGGAAACGACCUGUACCAGCAGGUUUUGUGGAAAGGAGAAGGAUUGGGUCUAUCACAUCAUAACCUCACUCUGGUCAAUAGACCGUCACUCACUAAUCUCAGUCUUUUACCCGAUCCAGGGGGAUGGAUAUACCUAGACAUUGAUUUCUUCCUCGUCAAUCCCGCAGGGCCCCUCAUGACUGGUAGCAUUGUCACCACGCAACACGAUGAUGGUGAUUCCGCUUUCAAAUACUCUGGGUCAGGUUGGUCUACACAGCAGAGCGAUAUGAACCAAGGUGGAGGAUUCCGUCAGUCUUCGACACCUGGAGAUAGCGUCUCGUUGAGCUUCUUUGGACCUCGAGUACAGAUCUUUGGAAAUCUCGGAUGGCAAUAUGCCACGUAUUCUGUCAGCAUUGACGGCGGGGAACAGACAACGUACAUUGGCAACGCUUCUCAGCUCUACUCCAAGGUCCCCCUCUUCACCGCCGCCAUGCUGGGCAAUACGUCUCACACGAUCACACUGACCAACGUUGCGGCAGAUAGCCCUGGUAAUCUGGCUAUAGAUUACGCAGUUGUGAACUACACGCUUGACUCAGCAUCCGAGGCAUCCGCAUCCUCGGCGUACAGUCUCCCAGUCAUACCCUCUGUUGUCAUCGACCCGUCAGUCGUUACCUCCGACUUCCAACCAGAGCCUUCUUCGCGGACAUCUCACAUCUCCCUAGGAAGCUCCUUGAGAUCCACUUCAACCUCUGCACCACAUCUCGUCUCUACCUCUCAGAUCCCCGGUCCAAGUAUAGAGGCUGGCAACAGUCAAUCAUCAGCCAGCCUGGCAACUCAACACCCCGCCGUUAUUUGGAGCCCCAUCGUAGCGGCCAUCAUUGUCUCCGGACUCUUGCUCGCUUUAUGGAUCUGGACCAAGCGGAGACGAGAAGGUUGA